AUGGGACUCUGGAUUUUAUUAUUAGUAGAGAUUAGUUUAAGUUUGAGUGUUUUAAAAUCUGAUUAAUGUUUGGAAUGCUCAAAACUUAUUAGAAAAAAGGAUUGUGAAUAUAGUAAUUGUAUUUGGAGUACGAAUAAUGAUAGCACGGAAGGGAUAUGUAUUAAUAACGGUUCAGAUGGAAAUCCUGGAAAUUCAGAUGGAUAUGGCAAUUUUUGUAAGAGUGUAGCGAAUCCAGCUCAAAAUUGUUCCAAAGUAAAAGGCUGUGCAUACUACAAUUCCAGCUGUACAUUUUUUACAGGUUGCUCAGCAUAUUUUUUCCAUACAACUCUUGAUUGCCAAUAAAUAUCAUUUUACUGUAUAUCUGAAGGUGAUGGAUGCAUUGAUGCAAAAAAAUGUGAAGAAUAUUUAACAUAGGAUAUUUGUGAAACCUCAGGAAGUUUGAGUGGAUCUGGUUAAUGUAAAUGGGAUUCUGAAAAUAAGAAAUGCAGAGAUGAAUUGUGUAGUGAAGCAGGAAAAGACUUAGCUACUGAUUAGGAAUGUUCUAAAUUUAGGAUUGGUUGCAUCACAAAAGGAUAAGGAUGUACAGAGAGCCCUUUAAAGGAAUGUAAGACUUAUGAAAGUUCAGGGCAAGAUUGUAUGAAAUUAAUUGGGUCAGAUGGAACUUGUGAGUUUUUAUCGGGUAGUUAAUUUUGUUAAUAAAAAAAAUGUGAAACUGCUCCAAUAACAUUUACAAAAGAUGAAUAAUGUGAUUAGUAUUUGAAGGGAUGUUUAAGUACAGGUAAAGGGUGUGUUUAAAAAUUAUGGCCAUGUAAUACUUAUCAAAAAGAUUGUAAGAAUUAUGUAGGUUCAGAUGGGAUUUGUGAAUAUGAAGAGCAAUCAGAGAAUUGUAGAAGUCGAAUUUGUGAAAAUGGAUAAUUCAAUUCAAAUGAGGAUUGCAAUCAUUACAAGAUUGGUUGUGUUACUAAUGGAAAAUCUUGUGUCACUACUUUGCAAAGUUGCUCGAGUUAUAAGGGAAAUAAAACUAGUUGUUUGGGAUUUAUAGGUUUCGAGGGGUUGUGUAAAGGAAUUGAGGAUAAUGAAUAGUCAUGUUUGGUUUAGGAUUGUGUAGUGGAUAGUGAUAAUAGUUUUGUUACUGAUGAAUAAUGCUAAAAAAUAUAGUAAAUUUGUAAGACAAAUGGAAUGGGAUGUGUUUACAAAUUGAAAUUGUGUAAUGAAUAUGAUGGUACUGAGGAGAUAUGUUUCUAAUUGAUUGGGUCUGAUGGAAAAUGCAAAGGAGGUACAGAUGGUAAAUGCUAAAGGAGAUCCUGUUCAGAUGCUCCAAGUACAUACAACACUGAUUAUGAAUGUAAGAAGUUUUAAUCAGACUGUGUAACAAAUAGUAAUGGAUGUAUAAAUUAGACAAGUUGCCAAUUGACUCUAAAAGAAAUCAGUUGUGUGGGUACUGUAGGAUGUCGAUGGAAUUCAUCUUGCAUAGAUUCGACAAAAUGCUCUAAUUUCAAUACAUAAGUGAUAUGUGAAAACAACUCAGCCAUUAAUUACUCAUCUGCUGAUGGAAUUACUACUUAUUAUUAUACAAAAUGUACUUGGUAGAAUAAUACUUGUCAAAAUUUAUCAUGUUCUGAUUUAACUGGGGACAAGUAUGAUUCUGAUUCAGUAUGUCAACAGGUAAUGUCAAAUUGUGUUUACAGUGGUUAUGGAUGUAUAGACAAACAAAGUGAUUGUACACACUUUAAAGGGAAUCAAAAUAGAUGUGCAUUAUUUACGAAUAAAUGCUGGAAUGAUUCAAAUGCAACAGAAACUUCACCUUGUAGAAGUAGAUUGUGUUCUGAUAACACCAUAUUCACGACAGAUGAAGAAUGUGCUUACUUUUAAAAAGGAUGCAGAACUAAUGGCAAAGGAUGCAUAGAAGAUACAAAAGUAUGUUCUGACUAUUAAGGAACACAAAAUCAGUGUAAUAAAUUUACAGGAUACAUCUCAAAUAGCAGCGACAGAUAAUAGUGUUACAACACAAUUGGGGCUACAAGUACUACCAGUUGCAUCAUUAAAACAUGUGAUAUGGCAGUUGGAUUAACAAAUAAUACAGAUUGUGGCAAAUUCCUAAAAGGUUGUCUUUGGAAUGGUUUAAAUUCUUGUGUGAAAGAAACAUCUGAUUGCAAUGCCUUUUAUGGGGUUCAAUCAUAGUGCAAUACAUUUAUUGGCAAUAAGUUAAAGUGUUAUGGUUUAAGUAGUAAUAGUUCCAACUCUCAAUGCAAAGUUAAAGAAUGCGUAGAUAAUACUCAAUCUGGACUGACUGAUAAAUAAUGCAAUGAUUUCCUAGAGGGUUGUGUUUCAAAUGGGGUUGGUUGCACUCUCAAAGAUACUACAUGUGAUCUGUUUAAUGGUACCUCUGAUACUUGCUCUAAAUUCGUAGGGAAUGGUCAGAAAUGUACUAGAAUGAGUAAUUGUACUACUAGAUUAUGUUCAGAUUAUACUAACCCUAACAAACAUGAAGAUUGUUACAAUUAUCAUUCUAAGUGUCGAUUUGUGAAUGGAUUAACUUCCUGUAUUGAUCAAACUAUUUGUUCUAAUUAUGUUGCUUAAGGAAAUAAUAAUACUGAAAAAAAUGCUUAUUGUAGAGCUCUCAAAGAUAACUAUAAUUUCAUUUGCAGUUAUCAAUCAGGAGAUGCCAAUUGUAGUAAUUACCUUUGUGAUUAGAUAUUAACAAAGACAGAAUGUGAAUCUUAUACAACAACCAAAAUGUGUUAUUAUAUCAACAACUUGUGUAUUUCAUCUAAUGAUUGCACAAAAAUAACCAUAGACAAUUCAUCUUCCAAUAAACCUACAACGGAUUCAUCUAAACUAACUUGGUGUAAUUAAUACAAAGAUAUCAAUAAUAAAUAAUGUUCAUAUCACCCUACUUUAAGUUCAACUAAAUGUUCAAAUUUUAUUCUUUGUGAAUAAGUAGUUUUAGCCACUAACUCUGCUGAUUGCAAUAGAAUACUAUAUCAAGAUCCAAACACAAACAAUAAAGGCUGCUUAUAUUACAAUAGUCAAUGUUAUACCAUUAAACCAUAAUGUUCAGAAUAUGUUGCUAUUGGUAGUAACAAUACAGAAAAAUCAGCAUUUUGUUAGGCAAUGAAAUUAAAUACAUCUAUUGGUAAUGAUCCUACAAAAGUGAUUUAAUGCUAAUUUGUGAAUGGGAAUCCUAAUUGUUCAUCUGCAACUUGCGAGAGUAUUUCAGUUGCCAAUAGUCAAAUAGAUUGCGAUACUUAGGCUCUAAAUUGUGUCUAUUUCUAAAGCAAAUGCUACACUAAUCAAAAUGCUUGUACUUCAUACAGUACAACCUCAGUAUCUUCAAACAAACCAUUGUUUUGCUCAUAUAUGAAGAACUCUUCAGGAGAACAUUGUGGAUACAUAGAUGGUAUGAAUAAUUGUAUAAAUUCUUCAUCCGAUUGUAAAUUAUAUCGAUGGGCUAGUUAUAACAGUAAUCCUGCUCCAUCUCCUGUUCCAUCGACAAACGCAAAUAAAAGAACUUAUUGUUAAUAAAGAAGAUCGUCUUCAGGUAGAUUAUGUGGUCAUGUUUUUGGGGACUCUUAUUGUAGUUUAGAAACAAAUUAUUGUGAAUUAAUCUAAUCUCCUACUUCCCAGCUCACUUGCGAUUUAUCAGCGACUGGAUGUACUUUCAUUUAAUCACUUUCUCUUUGUGCUACUACAUCAAGGUUAACAACUUGUAAUGAUAUUACUUUUGACGUUGCAACAUUAACGACUGAUGCUGACAAAUUAAAUUAUUGUUAAAAAGUGAAGAAUUAUUAUGGGUAUUGUACUUGGAUGUCAGGAAGUGGAUAUUGCGAUGAUCUUACAUCGACAUGUACAUCAAUUAGUAUCAGUUCAAUCUCAAAUGAUGAUGAUAAAAAAUCCUAUUGUUUGAGUAGAGUGAGCAAAGCAGGAAGUUGUGCUUGGAGAAAAGGAGAUUCUAGCAGUGCAUGUAGAUCCUUUUCUUGUUUUGACAUUGCCAAUCCUUUAAAUUAAGCGACUUGCGAUAGUGUAAUGAGUGGUUGCACUUAUUAUUAAAAAUAAUGUAUAACAUAACAGUCUAAUUGUAAUUCAUAUUAUGCAAAUGGAGCAGAUGAUGAUUAGAAAUUGUAUUAUUGUUCAGGACUGACUUAAACAACUAGCAAUUUAAAAUGUACUUAUAUCAAAGGAAGUUCAUUUUGCACAGUGCAAACUAGUACUUGUGCAUCUUAUACAGUUAGUACAUUAAGCAACGCAGAUAAAUUAACUUGGUGUUAUUUAUUAAAAGAUGUAUCUUCCAACAUAUGUGCCUAUUCCAAUGGAGAUAGUGCUUGUAAGUAAAUUACUUGUGAAUUGAUUAUAAGUCCUUAAUCCUAGAGUGAUUGUAAUGCAUACUUGUCUGGAUGUCAAUUUUACACAGGUUAUUGCUUUACUAAACCUUCAAAUUGUGCUUCUUAUUCAAUACCUUCUACAAUAACUGACAAAGUUGCAUUUUGUACCAAUUUGUAAAACACAUCCAAUUAAUAUUGUGGAUAUGUUAGUGGCAGUACUUGUGGAGCAUAAAGCAGUUGCACUUCUAUUACUGCAACAGGAUCAACGACACUUUUAAAAUAAUCCUAUUGUUAAGCAAGGAAAUCUUAAGAUGGCUAUAUUUGUACUUAUGUAAGUGGAACAUAUUGUUCAUUAGUGGAUGCUUCAUUAAGUUGCACCUAUAUAACUGGUACGAUAACAAGUCAAGAAAGCUGUUAGUAUUUUUCAUCAAAUUGUUCUUAUUUGGAUUCAACAAAGACAUGUGAAUUGAAUUCAAAUUUGAAUACAUGUGAUAAAUAUUUAUUUAGUAGUACAAUAGAUGAGAAUACAAAAUUGUCAUAUUGUAGAUCUGUAUUAUCAGGAUCUUGUAAUUAUUAAUUUGGUGACAUAAAAUGUUCGAAUUAAGUAACAUCAUGUGGUUAGUUUGUAAUAACAAGUGUGAAUGAUAAAAAGAAUUAUUGUGCAGCCAGAAGAAGCUCAACUAGCAAUUGCUCUUAUGAUGAAUAAAAUGACAGUUAUUGCAGCUAAAUUAAAUGCAGUGAUAUUGAACUUCCGACUUAAUAAAUGGAUUGUAAUAAACGCAUGUCUGGAUGCACUUAUUAUAGAAAUUCUUGUCUUUCAACUUAGAACAAUUGUGAAUUGUAUAAAACAUAUGGAACUGAUGAUUAAACUAAGAAAAAUUAUUGCGAAGGUCUAAAGUCCUCUGAUAAUACUUUAUGCACUUUUAUACCGGGUGUAGGAGUAUGUUUCAACCUAUAGACCAGUUGUUCAUCAUAUAAUGUAUCUGCAUUACUAGAUAAAGUAACAUGGUGUGAGUAAUUAAUUUAAAGUGAUGGAUCAGUAUGCACAAAUAUAAAUGAUGCUUCUACUUGCAGCAUUAAAAGUUAUACCUGUGAAACAAUCGUAGCUAACAGUUAAUCAGAUUGUGAUAAAAUACUGUCAAACUAAUGCGUUUAUUAUAAUACCAAGUGUUAUACAAAAUAGAGUAGUUGUUCUGCAUAUGUGAUUCCCUUAGGUACAACAAAUAAACAACUGUUUUGCAAGAAUAUGUUUGAUAGUUCAUAGAAAUAUUGUGUAGGUGGAUCUACAAAUUGUGGACUACCAACUACGGAUUGCACAGAUAUCUUGGCAAGUGGUAGUGAUGAUUCUCAAAAGAGGGUUUAUUGCAGAGAUUAUAAAUCAUCUGAUGGAUAGAUGUGUGGAUAUUCAUCUGGAUUGAAUUGCGAGAUUGAACAGAAUUAUUGUAGUGUUUUUACCAGUGUCACAAGUUAGGAGUACUGCAAUUAGAGAAUGAAUAAUUGUGUUUACAUAUAAAAGAGUGGAAAAUGCAUUGAGAAAUAUUUGGUUUAGGAUUGUACAACGAUGUUGUUUGAUUCUGGAUUAACAAAUGCGAAUAAAUUAAGUUAUUGUUAAUCAUAUAAUCCAGGGGGGAGUACUUGUACUUGGAUUGCUGCUUCAGAUCAUUGUGAAUUAGAUACAAAACAAUGCACUGAUUUUGAUGCUUCUGGACAAUCAGACAAAAGGGCUUUCUGUUAAUCAAAAUUGGGAUACAAUUGUUCAUGGAGAAAUGGAGAUGCAUCUACAAUCUGUAGAAAAUACAAAUGCCAAGAUGUUGAUCUUGCUCAAAGUUAAUCUGAUUGUGAUUCUAAAAUAUUUGGAUGCAGUUUCUACAUUAACUCUUGUUUCACUCUUUAAAACAAUUGUGAUAAUUAUUAUGCAUUGGGUACUGAUAAUUAAUUGAAGCAAUUAUUUUGCAAUGGAAUUCCUACCAUAUCAAAUCAGAAAUGUACCUAUCUAAUAGAUGAUAAUUUAUGUCGAGUGAGAGAUCAGUGCACAACCUAUAAUGUCAAUGGAAUAAGCGAUAAGAUUAAUGCUUGUUUAGGCAUGUAUAAUUCAGCAGGAAUCUAAUGCAUAUAUGUCAAAGGUACGACUUGCAAUUCGGUUGAUAAAUGUGAAACAUAUAGUGGGUUAUCUAAUAUGAGUGAUUGCACUACAUUGUUUGAUAGUAAUCAAAGACACUGUCUAUAAGGGAAUACCACCUGUCUCACAUUCACUUGUGACAAUAUAAGCAAUCCUGCAUCACUAAGUGAUUGUGAUGCCUAAUUGAAAGGCUUAUGCUUUUUUAAUACCACCAAUUCCAAAUGCAUAAAUAUCUCUGAUUGUUCCACUUAUAAAAAGAGUGAUUGGCCAACUAAUGCAGAUCCUAUUAAUCAUUGCUCAACACUUAUUGACAAGAAUGGACAUAAUUGUACUGCAGAUAAUGCUAAUAGCACCUAAUGUAGGGAGAGAUUGUGCAGUGAUAAAUUAUUCUAUUUGAAUUCAGAAUGCAAAGAAUGGAAGUCAUCUUGUAAAUCAGAUGGAUCCAAAUGCAUAGAUUCAUCUAAGCUGUGUUCUCAAUUUACUGGUAAUUCUGAUUCAUGUAACAAAUAUUUGGAUUCUGAUAAUAUCAACUAUUGUAAAGUUAUCAAUGGGUCUGAAUAAGGCGUCGGCCCUUGUUUAUCAUUAUCAUGUUAUCAGAACACAACAGCUACUACUGAUUCAGAUUGUAAAGCAUAUCAAAAUGGAUGUUUAACCAGAGGAGUCGGAUGUAUACCCAAUACAGCCAAAUGCGAUGAAUAUAGAGGAACCAGAGAUCAAUGCAUUAAAUUCAAUGGGUAUCUGACCCCAACAACAACUGAGAUCUGUUCAGGAGACUUUACAAAUACUGAUUAAUCAAAAUGUAGAUCAAGAAUUUGUUCAGAUAAUCUAAUAGAUAAUAGUGAUACUUUAUGUUCAUACUUUAAGACUGGGUGUGUAACCAAUGGAUAAGGUUGUAUCGAUAUCAAUGCCAGUUGCAGCAGUUAUAAAGGCACUCAAUAACAAUGCAGUAAAUUCAUGGGUAACAACAAAACUGUUUAUUGUUGGAACAAUAUAGAUGCUCCCAGUAAUUACAAUUGUAUUGAUAAACUAUGCUCUCAUGUAUUGGGUACUACAGAUCAAUAAUGUGAGCAAGCCUUUCCUAAGAUAAUGAUAAAUGGCAAUUUGACACUUCUAUGUGUAAGUAAUGGUAUCAAUUGCAUCAAGAAUCCUGCCAAAUGCAGCGAUUUCACAGGCAAUAACAUAACUUGUUAGACGUAUACAGCCAUUGUUGAUGGACCAUGUAAAGGUAAUUUAGACAAUUCAAUGGGAUAUUGUUAACCAAGAUAAUGUUAUGAAGCACCUAAAUCAUAUGAUACUGAUGCAUAAUGUUAUGAUUAUCAUCCUUCUUGUUUAACAACAGGAUAAGGAUGUAUGAAGUUUUAAUCGUAUGAUAAUUAAGGCUAGCCAUCCCUAAAUUGUAAUAGUUUAGUUAGUAAUGAUGUUUGUUCCUUAAAACUUGGUUGUACUUUGGCCAGCUAAUGUUUAGCCUCUGUUUCCUCAUGCUCAUUAUUAACAUCAUAAGCAGUUUGUCAAACGUCAGUGUUAUCAAAUGGAAAGAGUUGUGUUUAUGAUUUGUCGAUAAAUAAAUGUAGAGAGUUUCAGUGUUCUGACUAUGUUGGCAUCAACGAUAAUAAUACUUGCUAGAAAUUCAGUAGUGAUUGUACAACCAAUGGGAAUGGAUGUGAAAUAAUGAAAUCUUGUGGAUAGUAUUAUGAAAAACUCACAUGUUAAUAUGCUUACUCCACUGAUCCAAUCAACAGAUGUACAUGGAUUGAUUCUGGAUGUAGACAGAGAAUAUGCUAAGAUUUCUUAGGUACAACCAGUUCAUCUUGUAAAUCAUUCAUGUCUGGGUGUAUUACAAAUGGUGCUAAUUGUGUUGGACCAAAUUACUUAUGUUAAGAUUUGCUACAGAAAACUUGUCAAACCGAUUAUCUAGGCAAUCCAUGCAUAUUCUAUAAGAACACUUGCUAUUCCUACUCGAAAUGUGAAGAUAUGAAAUUCACCACUCAUGAAGAAUGUCAAACAUUCUCAGAACUGUGUACAUCAAACUAAAUAAAUUGUAUACCUUUAAAUAAAUGUCAGUAUUACACUUAAUAAGAAUCCUGUAAUAUAGGAAUUGAUGGGAUGUGUGGUUGGAAUAACAGCAAAUGCAAUCUAUUCAAACAAUGUUCAGAUGUUUUGGGAACUUCAACUCCUAUUUGUCAAUAAUACUCUCAUGUUUGUGUAAGUGACGGUGUGAAAUGUGUGGAAUAAAAUAUUUGUUCGUUCUAUUACUCAUAGUUUUUAUGUGAACAUAAUCAUGGACUUGAUGGAGUCUGUAUUUGGAUUGAUAAUGCCUGUCGAUUGAAAUAAUGUGAAGAUCUGACUACCAAUACUGAUACAUUCAACAAAUGCUUUAAUCAAUUAACUCCUUUGCAUUGUUCCAGUAAUGGUACCAAAUGUAUCAGUCUAUCUUCGUGUUAGUAUUAUAAUGAGAAGUCUUGCAUACUGGGCACAGAUGGACCUUGCAUUUACAAAUUACCACUCGAUAAGUCAUCAAGUUAAAUCUCUUGCAGACUUAAGCAGUGUUAAGAUGUCACAGGCAAAACUCUGGAUGUCUGCAUGUCUGCUUUUGAUACUACCUAUAAAAAAUGUGUCUCGAAUGGGUCCAUAUGUGUUGAUUUCAAUUACUGUUCAUAAUAUACUACUAAGGUUGCAUGUGCUUCUGGAGGUAUGGAUGGAUAAUGUGCUUUCACACCCAUCGCUUCAUAGUCUAAUGAUGGAAUCUGUAAACUCUUCACUUAAUGUUCAGAUGCUAACAGUGACAAAGAUACAUGUCUUGCUAACUCAAAGUACUGCUAAUGGAUUUCAUCCAAUGUAACUAAACAAUGCAUCCCUCAUACUUGUCUCACUUAUAACUCCAAAAAGGAUUGUGUUCCAGUUCCCAGUUUUGAUUAGAAAUCAUUCCUUCUUUGUGCGAAAAUAAAUAACGCCUGUUAGGAUGUCUAACCAACAACCUUAACCAUGGAUACAUGCUAUAUCAAUAGUGCCUAAACAUAUCUUUGGAACACAUCCACAUCCAAAUGUGCUUAAUGCAAAGCCAAAACUGAUUCCAAUGUAACCCCCAAUACUUAGGUUUCCACUAAAUCGUCAGUUAUGCUAUUUACUAUAGCAAUCAUACUCAGUUUAUAUUUCUGA